AUGUAUGCAGCCUUGAUUAAGCACCAGGUUAUCAGGCCAUCUGCGCUUCACAUUACCAAAUUCGCGAGAGCAUCUGUCUCUGGCAAAACCCACCCCAAUACCAAGGGAAAUGAGGAAUUCUUCCUUAAUACGACAUUUCCCGAUGAUUUCGAAUCAACGCCCUUGAAUCCUGAGGCCCUCGAGAAACAGGCUCAGAAAGCGAAAGGUCAAAGCUCUGAUGUACAUUAUAGCACCGCCGAUAUUGCGGCGCACAAAGCCGACAUCUACGAAAGUAUUUACCCCACGGAAGGGAAGAAGGGAGCAAAGGGAAAGAAGAGCCAGGAUCUACCGGACCAAGUGCCUAAUAUAGAUGAAAUGUAA